AUGGUUUCCGACAAGGCAACAACCAAGCCAAAGGACAAAAAAGUUGGUGCUUACUAUGGCGUUGGCCGAAAUCAAAAUGAAGUUACGCUGCCUUCGAUCAAGAAGGUCAACACCAAGGGGUCUUGUGGAUUGCAUAUUCGCCAAUAUCAGGUUAAUGAAGCUGCAAGCAACGGUUACUCGAACCCGAAUCCUUACUACGCUUUGGAACUCACUUUGUAUGACGUUGAUCAGAAAUUCAUCGGCUACCAGUCUAUGUCAUUCCUCAAAUCUGGGACAGUGAGCGUCCAGGGUCUGCUGAAGUUCCAGCUCCUUGCUACUAGUGGGAAGACGGACAGUGACCCUAUCUCGCUGGCUUAUGCAGGAUCGAAAUGGGAGACCGGGAUCAAUGGAUAUGGAAAUCCCAGUGGCUUCGAUGCUGGCUUCCGGGACGUUGAUUGCUCUUUUGACUGCUCCAAAGGAACUUGA